AUGGAAACUGAUCGCGUAGAUUCUGACGUUCAGCUGGGCACAGUUACGCUUCCUAUCGCACCUUUUCGCGAGACUAAUCCUAAGUCUUGGUUUGGUCAGCCAGAGUCGCGAUUUUCUUUGCGUGGUAUUAGGUCCGAAAAGACCAAGUUCCACCUUGUCGUUUCCGCGCUUCCGCUAAAUGUCAUCGAUGACAUUGAUGACAUUCUAGAUCUUCCUGACGACCAAACGACGUACGACGCAGUCAAGACAGCUGUUCUGAGAAGAACAGGCUUAUCCGAUCGACAAGGAGUUACGAAACUCCUCAACGAAACCGUUCUUGGCGAUCUUAAGUCGUCUCAGCUGCUUCGAAAAAUGCAAAGCCUAGCUAAACCCACUUCGAUAGAUGAUUCUUUUCUUCGGGAAAUGUGGUUGCAACGACUUCUGCGCGAGAUGCUACACAUCCUCUGCGCUAGUAAGGAUGCACCUUUAUCCAAACUGGCCGAUACAGCCGACCGAAUUUGGGAGUCGUACGGCUAG